AUGGCUUACCAGUACGCCCCAGGCAACCGUGGCAGAGAUUUUGGCAACCCCAGCAGCGAUGAAGAGCACAAUUACCCCCGUGCGGAGACCGGCAGUGGGCUUCCCGUGUCUGCCAACACGCUGCCCAAGCCUAUCUCAGCUGGAACAAUUCACGGUCCAGCAGGGAGUCUACUGAAAGGUCCAGUCACUGCUGAUGGAAAGCAGAAGGACCCCUUGAUCUUGGUCGGAAUCAAACUUGAUCUUGAAGCAGAUAUCCAUGUCAACGUGAGAGUCAGGGGCGAUGUGAUGGUGGGCCUGUACUAG